AUGCCUUCAGCAACAAAAAGGGUUGCAGUCAUAGGGGCUGGCAUCAGUGGCGUGGUUGCAGCCGCUCAUCUUAAGAAGGAAGGUCUCGACGCUACUUAUAGACCGUGUUAUGUCGGGUUGAAGAAUAACGUUGGUACUCGACUUUUAGAGACAACAUUAAACAAGUUCCCAACUGGCACCGAGGAUUUUGUCACCCAUGAUGUUCUGAAAGACUACAUCCAGGACACUGCUGCCAAGACUGGGGUCAAUGAUAUCACCCAGUACGAUACUGAGGUAAAGCACGUAUCCAAAGAGGGCGCCAAGUGGAUCGUAGAAACUGCGACGCUUCAUAGCGAUGACGCUGGGAGGACCUCGCGCAAAUCUUCAAAAACAGAAUUCGAUGCUGUGGUUGUAGCUUCGGGCCACUAUCACGCAGCCAAAGUACCAAAUACGCCGGGACUGACGGACUGGAAACGAGCAUGGCCGGAUAGAGUCAACCACUCAAAACGCUACCGGACGCCCAAAGAGUACCAAGGAAAGAACUUUUUGUUAGUAGGCGGUAGCGUCUCUGCAACUGACAUUGCUCGCGAACUCGGUCCAAUUGCGAACAACAUCUACCAAAGUCAUCGAAACGGGACUUUCGACCUUUCCCCUAAUUUGUUGCCGGAGAAUGCGACGCGAGUUGGUGAGAUUCUAUCGUACGAUUCACCUUCAAAUGGUACACAAACUGGGCCGUUGGCUGCUUCGGAUGCAAUUCCAGCGACCAUCACACUAAAGUCGGGCGAGAAACUCUGCGAUAUACAUCAUGUGAUCCUUUGUACCGGCUACCAGAUCACGCUGCCGUUCUUACCGCAUCUCCACUCGGACGAAACGCCAGUUGAUGCAGCGAACGAUGAGCUCAUCGUAACGAACGGGUCUCAGUUCCACAACCUACACAAGGAUAUCUUCUACAUCAACGACCCUACCUUGACCUUCGUUGGCGUACCUUUCUUCACCGCAACCUUCACCCUCUUCGAGUUCCAAGCCAUGGUUGUAGCCAAAGUCCUCUCAGGCCAAGCAAAGCUACCGAGUAAAGAAGCUAUGCGAGCAGAGUAUGAUGAGCGCGUGCGAGAAAAGGGAUAUGGCAAGGCAUUUCAUAGUUUGAGGGAUAGAGAAGCUGAUUAUGUCAAGGAGCUACUCGCAUGGGUGAACAGGGAUAUAGAGGAGAUUGGAGGCAAGAGGUUAGACGGACAUACAGAUACGUGGCAUGUUGCGAAACUGGAGCAGGUUCAGAGGAUGAAGGCUUUGUUUGCUGCUGCGCCCGGGCCGGAGAAGAGACUUGAGGUUACGUGCUGGUAGUGGCUUAUAGAUAGAUGUUGUACAGAUCUCAUAAUACGCAAGAAUUGACUAUAUACUAAUAAUAUAAAUUAAAGAGAAGUGUCUCCCUCCUUCUCUGCGCCCUAUUCCAUAACUCGUAUGCUAGGACAAUGCCCACUGCAUCUUAGCCCCGCUCACGAUACAAGGGAUCCGGAGAUCAAUACUCGGCUGCAAAGAGCUAACAUAUUUUCUGGACGUUCGAAGCUGUACACUACUAAUGGGUAAUCACUCAAGAAAAUUGCAAACGUUACGUAGCAUGCCGAAGCAAGUUGCCAAACACAAGCCCUAGCGCUUCACGUCCUCUACAGCACCUGUUAAG